CAACUCCCGGAAGUGUUGCAGUCUCGCGUCCAAAAUAAUUAACAAGUACACUCGCUUUGAAAUCACACUCGGGAGAAGCAAUAUGGAAGCCGGUAAAACUUCAAAUGUCGCUCCGUGUGAGAGGAAAGAUUUCGGCAAGGCUCUCUGCAUCAUAACAGGAGCUUCGAAAGGUUUUGGACGAUGUCUUGCUAAAGAAAUAUCAGCUCUUUUACAACCGGGCUCGGUUCUGUUGCUGGUUGCCAGAUCUGCAGAAAAGCUGCAGGAGCUGGAGGGGGAAUUAUCCUCGCAGAGAAACGGCCUGGUUAUCCGCUGUGUGGUCGCAGAUCUGGGCCAGAAAGACGGAGUGGGAAGCGUUAUAAGAGAAGCCAAAAAGACACCAAGCUCUGAAAUCAACAGCCUGUUGCUUUUUAAUAACGCGGCUGCACUGGGCGAUGUUUCACGCUUCUUCCGAAGUUUCACUGACAUGGACGAUGUAGACGAGUAUCUGUCGAUGAACGUGAGCUCAGCCCUGUGUUUGACAGCUGGGAUCCUGCAGGCGUUUCCAGCUCGUGUGGGUCUGCAGCGCAGUGUGGUGAACGUGAGCUCUCUGUGUGCCCUGCAGCCUAUUCCCUCCUGGGUUCUCUAUUGUACAGGGAAAGCAGCACGGGACAUGAUGUUCUGCGUGCUGGCCAAGGAAGAACCUGAGCUCAGGGUUCUCAGCUAUGCUCCUGGUCCUCUGGACACAGAAAUGCAAGUCCAUGCCCGAACCUACACAGCGGACGACAAUGCCAGGAAGUCUAUAAUGGCACUGCACUGUGAAGGCCGCAUCCUGACCUGUGAGGAGUCUGUGGGGAAGCUGAUGAAGGUCCUGUUGAAAGAUGACUAUACCUCUGGAGCUCAUCUAGACUUUUACGAUUUGUAAAUGCAUUCCUGUGAGAUUUUAAAACUUGUGGAGAACGUAUGGAGAUGCUCUCUUUGAGGAGAGUUAUAGGUAUAGUUUUGGUUGGCAUUAAACACUGACAUCUUUCAUCAGUCAACAUUACAUCAAAAACAUUUUACCAAUAUUAUUUUUAUAUCAGCUUUAUAAAUACUAAAGAAUGUCCACCUAGUUGUCAGCUAGAUUUUUAGUAAAUGUUUACACACACUGUAAGUGUUCACUAUCAUACUUACUACGCUAUUCUGUGCUAGCUUACACCCCUAAUGCUAGCAAACCUAGCUUCUGGAUUGAAUCACAGUAUGACAUUCCACAUGACAUUCCUCACAACUUUAUAACCUCUUUAUCUGAGUAGAGCUGCUGUAAAGCUGCUUUGGGACAAUGUCUAUUGUUAAAAGCACUACACAAAUAACGCUAAAUUGAACUGAAUUGAAUACAAAAAUAAUUAGCCCUUUUAUUUAGCUAGCUUCCUAAUUUUCAGUUUACUAGCCUGUGGAUUCUAAUCACAUAACAGUUACUUUUAGGUUUUAUUGUUUACUUGAAACAACAUGGUAAACAGAUACAUACAUUAUCUACCAAUAGAACACUUAGCUAAAUGUUAGCUGACAUACCAUACCAAUUUAAAAAUAUUUGUUAAAUUCCUAGGACCUAAAUAUAAAUAUACAGCAAAUAACAUGUGAAUUAGCUAGCAAAGUAGAAAGCUAUAGCUGUCGUUCUGCAAUAUAAAGACGUGCCAAUUUGUAUUGGAACAAAAAGUACAACGUUCCACCUAAAAUCUAUCCAAUAUUGUGGUGUGGUGCAUACGUUUUGUUAAUAUAAUUCAUGUAAUCUGUAGCCAAUAUGUGUCUUGUAUAAUUUGUAGUUGUACAGUUGUGAUUUUGUGAUGUGCAAUAUUCUUGUAUGUAAUAAAGGUGCCUUAUUUCA